AUGCCCAAGGCGUUCCUGGUGAAGAGGAGGGGGCCGCCGGCCGCCGGCCGCAGCUGGGAUGGGCUGCCCGACGAGGAGAGAGCGGACACCUACAUCCCAGUGAGCCUGCCCUGCGCCCUCCACGACGGACACCAAGACGACCCCCACGACGGCCCCAGCGACCCCGGCCCAAAGCUUCAAUCCGUCGAGAGCAGCGUUGGCAGCAGCGUUGGCAGCAGCGUUGGCAGCAGCAGCUCAUCCCUGCAGGAGGCCUUAGGCGGGGCCCUGUCCCCCAGAACCGCCUCACCAGUCCUGCACCUCACCGUCAAACGCCCCAACGCCAGGUCCAAAAUGAAGUUCACAACAGGCACUUGCAGUGAGGCGAUGAUCUAUAACUGCGAACUAUGUGGUAAGGGCUUCCGUCUUCAGCGCAUGCUCAACCGUCACCUGAAGUGCCACAACCAGGUGAAAAGGCACUUGUGCACCUUCUGUGGGAAAGGAUUCAAUGAUACUUUUGACCUGAAAAGACAUGUCCGGACUCAUACAGGUAUCCGUCCUUACAAAUGCGAGAUCUGCAACAAAGCCUUCACGCAGCGCUGCUCUCUGGAGUCUCACCUGAAAAAGAUCCACGGGGUGCAGCAGCAGUACGCCUACAAGCAGCGGCGGGACAAGCUGUACGUCUGUGAGGACUGUGGCUACACGGGCCCCACGCAGGAGGACUUGUACUUACACGUGAGCGCCGUCCACCCGGGCAGUGCGUUCCUGAAAAAGACUUCCAAAAAGCUCGCUGCCAUUUUACAAACCAAGCUGACGUCCGUGCUGCAGAGGAACGCCAAGCUGAACGAGGAGAACGAUUAAGAUACCGUUUCCAUCUGUGGUCAAAAUCUGGCUUCCUGAUUAUCAUUGGGUGGUUCAUCCGUGGGAUUCUGGAGAAGUAAGCUGGACAAGAGAGGUUGAAGGAGUGUGAAAGAGAGAAUCAAGGCAGCUCGCUU